AUGGUGAUGGACCAUGCCGCCGCCGCCGGCUCUGCCGCGACACCGGACAGGCUCAGCAACCUGCCGGACUGCCUGCUCCACUACAUCCUCUCCCUCUCCUCCAUGGGCGCCAGGCGGCUCGUGCAGACCAGCACCCUGUCGCGGCGGUGGCGCCAUCUCUGGCGUACCGCACCGUGCCUCGACGUCAGCCCCAACGAGUUCCAGGCAGCCGGCGGCGAUGAACUCGAGAACUGGGCCAGGUUCAACAACUUCGCGGAGACCCUCGUGCAGCAGCACGGCACUCUCGGUCUCGAUUUGCUCCGGAUGCGUGUCAUCGAGCCUCCCAAGAACCGGGACAGACGCCCGACCGAACCCGACGGCAACCGCUGGGUCCAACGCUACCUCGUGCGCUACAGCCCCGCCGCCCUCGACAUCCACAACCGCUCGCCGGGCGCCCACGUGCCGCUGCGCCCCAUGAGCGACGACACCACCGUCCUCCGCCGCCUCACCACGCUGCGGCUCACCGGUGUCAUGCUGUGCGACGGCUUCGAGCGCCUCCUCGGCGCCGCCGGGUGCCCUCUGCUGGUGCACCUCGAGCUCAGGGACUGCCUCAUCGGCUUCGACGAGGUGGUCAUGUCUCCCACGCUCAAGACCCUCGUCGUCGACUCUUCCAACAUGAGCAUGAAGCAAAGCCCUUUCCGCCUGGCGCGCAUUGUGGCUCCUGGCCUCGCCUCUCUCCACCUCAUGCUCCUGCGCUGGCAAGUUGACCUGUGGAAUUUCGAGAUGCCUUCUCUCGUCGAGGCCACGGUUCAAAUGAAGAGAGUCUGCUACUACAAUGAAUUCGAUCUUCUUUGCAGCCUUCAUAAUGUGACAAGAUUAGAGAUAUCCAGCUUCCCGCCGCUAGACCUGGUGAUGGAAGACUAUGAUGACAGGGACUUGCCAGAGUUUCAUAACCUGACGACACUAAUCCUGGAUGAGUGCGAUUUCACCUAUGACGAGCCCACGCUCUUGGAGUAUUUUCUCCAACACGCUCCCAACUUGGAGAAGCUUACUCUCAAGAACUGCGAGCUUGUGCCGAGCUCUGAAAACAUGGCGGAAAGGGCUAUGUCAAUGGAAAUAUCUGGCAAACAUUCGAAUCUCAAGUUUGUGGAGAUCAAACACCCUGAAAACGACGAUGACGUUUGCCAGCUCAUCGAGUAUCUGAUGCGUGUUUCGGAGAACCUCCAAAAAGCUGACAUUGUAGUGUUGGAAGGUCUAGAGAAGCCAUGGUAUUAUGCUGCAUUGGCAGCUCAGGGUUGCUACAGAUAGUUUGAACGCCUUGUACGCCUAGUAUAUUUUCUUGG